AUGGCAGCAGGGGAUCCAGCCAUAUUCCAAGUAUCACUUCAGGAUGUGAAGCAAAGAAAGAAGCCCUUGGUGAAGGGCUUGGCAACUCCAGAGAAGGCAAUGAUCACUUUAGAUGCCAUGAAGGCAUUAGAUCCAUGUCAGUUAAAACCUGAUAGCAUGGAGACGGAAAGAAUCAUAACCAUCUUGGAUGAGACAAUUGCCAAGCUGGAAAUGAGCAGUUUGAUCCCAUGUAUUAUUGACUCUCUGGACAGGUUUGCUGAUAUGUUGGGACCUGAGAUCACAAACAACUUGAUCGAGCACCAAAAGCUUUCAAACGAAAUGGAGCACCUGCUUGCCAGCUGGGAAGAAGAGGACACCACGAGAGCUGAGGAACAACGGGGCUGUCUCUGCUUGCUAGAGCAACGUCUGAAAUGUUCUGUUAGAAAUGUCCUGAGACUCUUACUGGCCAACCCUUUGCUUUGCCAGGCUCUGAAAUAUGAAGCCCGGGCGAGAGAGUCACCAGCUGAAGUGUUUAUCAAAGCCUUUGGGGAGUUCAGGAAUUUCAUGCUUGAGCGACUCCUGACUAGUCCCAUGGAAGAAGAAGAAAAGAUUAAGUUCAUGGAAGACAUCUCCCUCCAGAUUAAGAAAAACGCUGAAGCAAUCACAGCUUUACAGGCAGAACUGGCAGCAGCAAUCCGGACUCGAGAGGAGGAGAUUCACAAGAAGGACAAUGUGAUCAAAGACCUCAAAACCAGCAUGCAAGAUCUGGCCAAAGUCUGCAAGGCUGGCAUCCAGCAGAUCAAGCAGGAAGGAGAAAAACAGCAAAAAGAAGAGCUGCAAGCCUCCCAGGCCAGGUGUGCCAGGCUACAGCAGGACAUUCAGCAGCUAGGAGCACAACUCAAUGCACUUGUACUGGAGCAUCGAGCAUCAGAGCUGGCUCUCAGAAAGAGGAAAUGCAGAGUAGAGACGGAAAUUGUGAACUGGAUCCAGAAAUAUGACACAGACAUGGGAGAAAAACAGGCUGAGUAUGAGGAUGUUAAUGCUGCCUACACCGAGGAGAAGGCCCAGCUGUCCCUGCUGAUGGAGAAACGUGCUGUGCUUCUCCAGGAGUAUUCCCAGAUUGAGGAGGAGCGCAGGAUAUGCCAGGAGAAGAAGGAGCAGGCUUUGAAGGAAUUCACCACCAUGACCCUUGCUGCCACCCGCAUCCAGGCCUUCUGGAGAGGCUACUUGGUCCGGUCCCUCUUCAAAUCAAAAAGGAAGAAGAAGAAGAAGAAGAAGGGCAAGGGCAAGAAGACUAAGAAAUAA